CUUUCCUUAUUAGAAAAGACAACCGGAAAGGAAUUUCGAGUUGUUACAAUAGUGAGAAGAUGAAGGUGAACUGUGUGUAGAUAGUUCGUGAGGGGGGACGAAGGGUCAAAAAGCAAAGUUCCCGAAACCCAUUGCGGCUUUCGGCGGCGGGGCGGAGCCACUUGACUGCAGGCUCGAGGAAGGUGACCGGUCGUGGUGCCGCUUGCGGAGUGGAGACGGGUGAGAAGGCUGAAACUUUGGCAAAUUCAUCAUGAUUCUUCAACAGCUCUUCAGAUUUUCUUCCAUUUUCCAUUCAUCCCUCUCUAUCCAGUUGCGUAGAAAUAUUGGUUUUUCUGCUAUUGCAUUUAAUAAAGCAAAGGAACUAGAUCCCAUACAGAAGCUCUUCUUGGACAAGAUUAGAGAAUAUAAGACAAAGAGUCAAAAAGCUGGCGGCCCUGUUGAUGUUGGUCCAGAAUAUGAGAAAGAGCUGAAGGACCAAAAUGAGAAACUCUUGCGGUUAUAUGGUGGAGGAGAAAUGACCAAAUUUCCAGAGUUCACAUUUGAAGAACCCAAAUUUGAUGAAGCUCAAAAAUGAUGUGAUCACGUGUGUACUAAAGGUCAAGUUGGACAUGUUGAGUUGGUCUGCAGUUGUAACUUAAAUAAACAGUUCAAUGGUAA